CUACGCUGAUACGUCAUGUCGCCUGGCUUGCCAGAUUGGAAUAAAGUAAAUGAACAUUAUAAUUUCGUUAACUUUCUGUAACUGUGACGACCUGGAAACGUCCACCCUCGGGGAAUCAAGCGGGUCACGUGACUUGUACGCAAUUGUGUUCUAGUGAAAAACAAUGGAACUUAGCCUCGUAGUAAUCGCGUGUCCAGACACACUUGCGAUAAAUGGUGAAGCUGUUUAGCAACGAAGAAAAUAACGUAAAUGCUGCUGUAAGACAGGGCCAAAAAAAUCCUAACUUUACCGCCGUUGCCAGGGACACCCUUCUUCUCACUCCAUCCACCAUGGGUACGACAAUGCAUCUCAGAGACAGUUUUAUGUUCAUGGAUCUAGUCAGCUUUUGAACCUCGCUAUGGCUCAAAACGACGAACAUGGAGGCGGUCUGCGGGCAUUUGACCUCAAAACAGAAAAUCGACACGCGGAGCACCCAGAUUUAGAAGUGCGGAAUUUGGUCAGCAAUCAACAGACUAGUGCUGAUGGGCCGUCUUUCACUGGGCGUCAACAUCCCAUCUUGGAUGGACAGUCUUUAGCCGGACAUCAACAACAGAUCCCAGAUGGACAGUCUUCAGUCGGACAUCAACAACAGAUCCCAGAUGAACGGUCUUUAGAGGGACAUCAACAACAGAUCCCAGAUGAACGGUCUUUAGCCGGACAUCAACAACAGAUCCCAGAUGAACGGUAUUUAGAGGGACAUCAACAACAGAUCCCAGAUGAACGGUCUUUAGCCGGACAUCAAAAAGUCGAUGUCUGUAAUUUGGAGUCUCCGACUGAAAUUCACGACAUAAGUCAGAAACUUCAAGAAAGUCCUAAACUUUCUAAAGCCAGCCACGAAUUAGUGAAGAUAGAAAUGUUACAGAUAGCAGGAGGGGAGCAGAUGGAGGACUCUAGCAGCGAGAGUGAGACGGACGUUGAAACGGAAAAAACACGAACUUUGACCUUUCAAGUUUACGCUGCAAGAAGCCGAUGCUUCAAGCUGUGCCGAGAGAGAGGCUCAGCUCUAAAGAAGGCACGUCACGUGACUUGUCUGCUCUUGUACAUCUCCUACUUUGUGUACGCUAUGUACCUUCACCACAGUGACGGCACAUCUACAGGACUUAUUGUCCUGACAGCUGUCCUGGUCCUUGCCUUGUCCUAUCGUUACCUGCAUGUCGAUCGUGUGACGUCAAAGAUACGCAAGUUGUUUUCCAAGCACCCUGUAGCUCUAAAACGCUUCAAACGAAGUACAGCUUUGGCCUGUGUUGUGGCGACAGUGGCUACAUUGGUGACAGAAGUUAUCAUGGUCCGUCCUAAAAACCUCGUCUCUCUCACCGGCAUGGCCGCCAUGUUGCUGACGUUUUUCAUCACAUCCUCACAUCCUCAUAAAAUAAUAUGGCGACCAGUGGUCACUGGUCUGUUGAUGCAGUACGUGUUUGCCUUGGCUGUUCUGCGAGUUCCCGGGGUGCACCAGAUAUUCCGGUGGGUGGGGGAGGUUGUCACUACUCUGGUCUCGUUCUCCAAAGAAGGCGGGCAGUUUUUGUUUGGGACUGAUCUCAAAUCCAACGGAUUCGUUUUUCAUCUAAUCCCUCUCAUCAUUUUCGUCAUCGCCUUUUUAUCUGUCCUUGAACAACUGGGGGUGCUUCACGUCCUGCUGAAGAUAUUGGGCAAGUUUCUGGCGUUCUGCACAGGCGCGUCACCCGCUGAGUCACUCAAUGCCUCGGCCAACAUCUUCAUGGGGCCACUGGAUUCUGUUCUGGUUGUGAGGCCAUAUUUAAAAUAUCUGACUUCCUCAGAGCUCCAUUGCUUUAUGUCUAGCGCCAUGUCCACAGUAACGGGAAGCAUCAUUGGUUUAUACAUCGCGUUUGGGAUAUCUGCGGAUCAUCUCCUGGCAGCCUCUGUGAUGUCAGCUCCAGCAGCUUUAUCUUUGGCCAACCUGGCAGUCCCAGAAACCAGCAUACGUAAGGCUCGGAUGGGUGGCCAGGAGCUGGUUUUUACAAGAAGGUACCGAAGUGUGAUCGACGCGGCCUCUAGUGGCGCGGUCAGUGCCACUACUCUCGCUGCAUCUAUACUGGCCAACUCGACAGCCGUGGUCAGCUUUAUGAAGAUGAUCAACUCAACACUAGGCUGGUUGGGACAGCUGGUGGGAAUCAAGAAUCUAACACUACAAUGGAUCUGCUCCUUCCUUUUUUAUCCACUGGCUCUAUCCAUGGGCGUGGAUGUGGAUGACGGGAGACAGGUAGCUGAACUGCUGGGCAUCAAAGUGUUCCUCAACGAACUUGUGGCCUACAGCGAGCUGGGCGUUUACCGCAAAAACCGCAAACUCUAUGAGGACUACCAGUCACAAAACUUGACUGUCUACACGCUCGACCCCGGCACGGGAGACGUCUUUCUACAUGGCUGGAAUAUGACCUUGACCCGGGGGUUCCUGUCCGAACGUUCAGAGGUGAUCACAACCUACGCCUUGUGUGGGUUCGCCAACUUCAUCAGUGUCGGCAUCAUCAUGGGCUGCUACAUCGUGCUGAUGCCCCACCGUAAGAAAGUCAUCUUCAAGUACAUCUUGCGCUCUAUGGUCGUAGGACACUGUGCCAGCUUUAUGACUGCAUGUGUUGCAGGUCUGCUACUGUAAGACCCUGCUAGUUGGAGGACAAUACUGUAUCAGAUUGACUCCUGUAAGACCCCGCUAGUUUCAGGACAAAACUGUAUAAGAUUGAUUGAGAUGAAUACACACAUACAAGUACUGAACAUUGAGAUGAUGAUAUCAGGAGUAAAAUAUAUGCACUCGCCAAAAUGGCCCAAGCUUUACAAAUCAAUUCGAAGCAUUGAUUGACCCAGGGAAGACAUCUGAUUGACCAAGGGGCAAAUGUCCAACUGACGGCCAUAAAAGCAGUACACCAUUCUUUUAAAUGGGGAGUUCUAGUCGAGGCAGCUUAAACAAGCCAAUCAAUGAUUUUAAAAAUAAAAGGGAUCUAUUUAUAUACACAUGCCACAAGGUGUUUAUUU